AUGGCUACCAAAGAGAAACAGGUCGCCGUGUCGACCAUCCGAUCUGCUGCACCACCCGCCGAGAUGCCGUGGAUGAUGAUGACGGCUAUUUCGGGAUUCUAUCUGGCCGCAACAGUUCUGGACCGCCUGCAUUCACGAUACCUCGCAAGACCAUUAUACCCAGCACAAUACCAGCAACUUCUGCACCCGCUAGCAGCUAUAUUCCUCGUCCUACCAGUCUUUAUAGUUAGCCAUACCAAGCUGUACUGGCUACGUGCUAACCGCGUCAAUGGAUGUGAGCCGGCAGCAGUGUAUCCACACAAAGAUCCCAUCAUGGGCUUCGACUGGAUGAAGAGCGUGCUCAAGGCGUCCCAGGAGACGAGGCUGAUUGAGUUCUUCCUCGACCACUUCAACGAUAUCGGCAAUACCUUUUGGUUCAAUGCCGGCGGCGACUGGACCUUGAUGACCAACGAGCCGGAGAACGUCAAGGCCAUUCUGUCCACGCAGUUCAAUGUCUGGCCGGUCCAGGGACUGCGCAAGACGACGGCCGUGGUAACAUUGGGACCCAAGGCGGUCUUCUCGACCAAUGGAAAGGAAUGGCAGCAUGCGAGGGCGGUCAUGAGGCCGAGCUUUGUGCGCAAUCAGCUGGCUGAUCUCGAAUGCACGGAUCGACAUGUCGAAAACUUUCUGGCUAAGCUGAAGCUGGAUGAGUCCAAGUUGGACCUGCAGCCGCUCUUCUUCCUGUUUACCAUGGAUGUAUCGACGGACUUCAUGUUUGGCCACUCGACAGAUAUGCUUCGUCACCCAUCCCCGGAAGCCGACGAGUUCAUCCGAUGCUUCGAAUAUACCAUGAUCAGCUCGCUUACCCGCGCUCGUAUGGGCCGCUUCGCAUUCCUGUUGCGCGACAGGAAGCUCGACGAGUCGAUACAAACAUCUUACGCCUUUAUCGACCAAUUUAUAACCUCGGCGUUUGCCAAUGGACGGUCCAAGGAGCGCCCGUAUGUAUUUAUGAAUGAAUUGAUCGACUCGGGUGCCUCGCACGACGAGAUUCGGUCUCAGCUGCUGUCCAUGAUUCUCGGCGGAAGGGAUACGAGCGCCAGCACCAUGAGCUCCUUGUUCUGGGUGCUGGCACGCAGGCCAGAUAUAUUCGCCAAGAUGAAGAAGGAACUUGAAAUACUCAACGGCGAGAAGCCAAGUUGGGAACAGACGCGAGAGCUCAAGUACUUGAACCGCGUUAUCAAAGAAGUUCUCCGACUCUAUCCUCCAGUCAUCUCGAACCUUCGAAGUGCUUCACAAGAUACAAUUCUGCCCCGCGGUGGUGGCAAGGAUGGCCAGUCGCCACUUUUCGUUCCCAAGGGCACGACGUGUCGCUACUCUAUUGUCUCUAUGCAGCGCCGUCAGGACUUGUACGGCGAUGAUGCCGACGAGUUCCGACCUGAGCGCUGGGAGACCCUGCGCACUUCGUGGGAGUAUAUCCCAUUUAGUGGCGGCCCCCGAAUUUGCAUUGGCCAGCAGUUUGCGCUGACACAAGUUACGUACAUGGUGGCGAGAAUUCUGCAGUCGAUUGGCAGCGUAGAAGCCAUGGACAAUCUACCCAUGGAAAUGAUUGUCAGCGCGACUACAUCGCUCAAGAACGGCUGCUGGGUCAAGAUGACGCCUGCUUAG